AUGUCCACGCAAGUCGUCUGCCCCACGUCCUCAUCGGUCCGCCACAUCAAACCCAUCAACGUGACACGCUCACGCUCGUCGGUCAUCCUGCAUGAGGAUAAAUGGAUUCAGAGUGACCGCGACUACCUCCCUGCUGUCUCGCGCGAUGAGCAAGCUGCGGCCAUCGCGCUUCUGUCAUUCUCCAAAGCACCUGUCCCUCCCAUAGUAGCCCACCACGCCGUCCGGCAGGCGCAGGACGCCACAUCAAAUCUUGCUGAUGCCAGCCCCGAGUCCACGGCGUCGGCGGAUUCACCGGGGUCUACAGGAUCACAGGUAUUGCAGUCAAAUAAAGGCAAGGCAAGGGCCACGCGGUCUCCGUCCUCAACGAGUAGUGGCUUGAGCAGAAAGGCCAGCCACCGAGGGCCAGGCAAGGAGGCGCGUGAGAAGCGGGAUGCCAUUCGCGAGCAGUGGAAGGCUCGUGCGAAGGCAAUCGAGACGCCACGCGGUACGCAGGCAAACGACUUCCAUCUAUUCGUGAUGAGCUGGGUGCGAAAUGAGGUGACGCCAUACCCAGACGAUGCAUGGGCAGCCCUUGUGGCCAUCGCCAUAGACAGGUCGUUCGUGCAAGUCAAGCACUGGUUCAGCAACCAGCGGCAGGUGGCUGCGCGGAAGGGCACGAGUCGACUAGAGGAUGUAGAGACGGUGACUGUCGAUGGUCGCUCCUUCCGCUUGUGGCGAAAAGCUGUUGAGAGUAGUGGUCCGUGGAGCGAUGAGCACUUCGAGGCUGCUCUGCAGAAGGUGGUCCGUGGGCAGCAGGCGAAGUACGAAGCACAGCUUGCCGCGAUCGAGUGGCAGACUACGAAACUAUAUGUCCAGGACAAGGUCCUGUUUGCCGGCGUGAGUGACGGCGAGGUGGGGCUACUCGAAGUCAAUACGGACGUCCUUGAUGAUGAUGAUGAGGAGGAGGAGGAGGAAGUGGACAAGUCUGAUGAGGUAGAUGAUGACAAGGACGAAGAAACGAGCGACGUCGAGGGCGUGGAUGUCGAUGAGGAUGAAGUGGUCGAGGACAAGAGAGUAGACGAGGACGACGGGGAAGGAAAGGAUGAUGCGUUUGAUGUGGACGAAGAUGAGAGCGUAGACAAGGUACGAGACAAGGUAGAUGUGGCGGACAAAGACGUCGCCGUGCUAAUGGCGUCCCCCGCCUUCGCGAUCGAUUGGAACGCUUGGAAGGUGUUGUUUCCGGUGGUCGCAAAGCUGAACGACACCGGAUCGCUCGGUGUUCCUGGCUUGAAGCCGGAGUCAACACCAUCUGGGGCUGAAGUCAAGGAUGUCGCCGAUGGAUGCGUCGAGGCUGCGUUGAAAACCUCAGCGAAGAUUCCUGAGAACAUUGGCGGGACUCACUGGUCUGGACUGAAAACUCACAAUGAGGCAAGCAACAAGGUGGAUAAAUACGGCGGAGCUUCAGAGUGA